GGCCAUCAUGAGCUCAAAGGCCGAGCCCAAAGGCCCCGAGGUGGAGAGGAGGCGCAGCCCCCUGGAUCAGCUCCCCCCUCCCGCAAACUCCAACAAGCCGCUGACGCCUUUCAGCAUCGAAGACAUCCUCAGCAAGCCGUGCGUGAAGAGGACCCCCCUGGUCCCCCACGGAGAGAACGUCCGUUCGGGGGGCCACAGCCCGAGCGGCCGCGAGCUGCUGGGUCAGAGCUCCCCGCUGUGCGCGCUCGAGGAGCUGGCGAGCAAGACCUUCAGGGGCCUGGAGGUCAGCGUCCUGCAGGCUGCCGAGGGUACGUGCUGUUGUGUCCUCUCAGGCCGGGAUGGAGCUGCGCUCUUCGGUCAGAGGAACGCUCCCAAGAAGCGGCGGAAGUCGCGCACGGCCUUCACCAACCAUCAGAUCUACGAGCUGGAGAAACGCUUCCUGUACCAGAAGUACCUGAGCCCGGCGGACCGGGACCAGAUCGCCCAGCAGCUGGGCCUGACCAACGCGCAGGUCAUCACCUGGUUCCAGAACCGGCGCGCGAAGCUGAAGCGGGACUUGGAGGAGAUGAAGGCGGACGUGGAGUCCGCGCGAGCCGCGGGGACCGUGGCCUUCGAGAAGCUUUCCAAGCUGGCGGAGCUGGAGAGGUGCGCGGCGGCGGGGGGGUUCACUCCGAGCCGCUCCGAGCCGCAGCGGGUCUAUGACGGCCGCCUGGACUCGAACGGGCCGCGCACCUCACCUCCUUCACCCGCAGGACGGAGCAAGUGCUGCUCCGAGGAGGAGGAGGAGGAAGAGGAGGAGGAGGAGAUAGACGUGGACGACUGAAAAGUGAAAAAUGAGGUGUCCAGUUUCAGUGUGCGGGUAUGCACUCAAUGUAAACAAAGCAUGGCUGGCU